UAACUGACUGUUUGAAAGCAGGUGAGCUGCACAACACUGUGUGGCACACAGGAGGGGUCUGUGCACCCCACUUAAUGAGUGGCAACGGGGUGGGGGGGUUGUGAUUACCAGACUGACUACCGCAUAUAGCAAACAUUCAUGUAAGCUAGCGAGGCUAAGACGUGUGUGUGUGUGUUUGACUGAUGGGGUUCUAACUCAGGUCUCCUGUGUACCAGACAACUUUUCAGGGCUCCGGGUUUCUAACGCAUGAUUCAACAAGUUCGUGAGAAUGGCAGCGAUCAACGCAGGCGGCUCUCUUGUGGCAACCCAUGACUACCACCGACGGCGCAUCGGCUCCACCUCCAGCAGCAGCUCCUGUGGCAGUUCAGAGUACAGCGGGGAAAUCAUUCCACAUCAUCCAGGUCUGCCAAAACAAGACUCGGGACAUUGGUGGUCCAGCUUCUUCUUUGGGAAGCAGAACCAGCCAGGAAUGACCACUCUGACGGAGGAGGCCCAGCAGAAGACGGCGGCCAUGACUCUGACCAACGGCCAGGUGACCUGCGUUGCCAGGGAGAUGGUGAUGAAGAGGCAGGUCAGCGACGUCGAGAGGUCCGAGUCGGCGAGUCCACCCCCUCCGGGAGGCUGCUUCCCCCCCCCUAAACCCUUUUAAUUCUGUUCCAUCCUCCACACUACAUAGAAAGUAUGAAGCAAUGGAUCAGGCAUACAAUAUAGUAUGCUAGCGUAGGUAUUGGAACAGACCCCCCCUUUUAACCCUACACUAUGGCUGCAUCCCAAAUAGCAUUCUGUGCACUACUAUUGACCGAAGCCCAUUUGGUUUAUGGUCAAAAGUAAUUCAUUAUAUCUGGUGCUGUUUAGGCUGUAACAACGUUCCCAACAUCCACAUUAGCAAACUACGGUAGAAUGAAUGUCAGUCACUCUGCUACUCGCUAAGUGUUAUGGGUAUUGGAACAAUUAUUUGUUUGUCUUAGUAAGACAGGCUGCCAAUUUAACUUUUUUUGUAUCUUUUUUUUUUUUUUUUUUUUUUCUAUGACUAAAAAUAAAAUGAGAAACUAUA